CAGAAGAUUGUGUUGAUGAGUAGGGCAUUUGUGCCAGCCAGUGUAGAGGGAGCAAUGUUGAAGGAGUACAAGCCUGUGUUCAUAGUAGGUACAAUUGAUGAAGCAAAAGAUAGGUUGAAUGCAAGUGAGGGAGAAAAGUACAAAGCCAUUCUUGGAGCAGAUUUGGAUACAGAGGUGACAAGGUUGGAGGAAUGCUUGAGGGAUGUGAAGAGACAAAGAGAGGAGGCAAGGACUAUGAAGGCUAACACAAAGCCAGUCAAAGUCAGACUGAAGCAAAGCACUAAGUUGAGCAAGAUCAUCAAGCAGGUCUUAGACUGGAUGAUGGACAGUGUUGUCACAUUGACACACUACAAGUUGUUUGCAAUAGCUCCAGAGCUUGAGUGCUAUGUUGUAUGCAAGGAUGACAAAGCACAGUCAAGCCUAGCAGCAGAGCUGAGAACAAGCAGAUUGUGUGGGAAAGUAGUAGAUUAUGUCAGAUUGAGUCAGAUUCAAGCUAGAGAACAAGAACAAGACAACAACAAGGCUGGAAGUGUACUAGUCAGGCUAGCAACAGUAAAGCUGAACAACAAAUUGGAGACUGAGAGCUUACUGGACCAGGGAGCUGUUAUGAAUGUAAUGUGCAAAGAUGUUUGGAAACACUUGGGAGUACCAAAGGAGCAAGUGUGGACGAACCUCAGGCUAGCAAAUGUAGGAUCAAUUACAAUCAAAGGUGUCAUUCUGAGACUCAAGGUGUCAGUAGGUGGAAUAUUAAUAGUGAUGCUGGUUCAUGUAGUGAAGGACACAAUGUUCAACAUGAUAAUUGGGAGGCUGUUCUUUGUGUUAACUGAGUGUGAGACAAAGGAUUUCAAGGACAGUAAUCAGAUUUUAACCUUGACAGACUCAGCAGAUCAGAACUGGAAGUGUCAGGUUGAGACCUGAGCAGCUGUUGGAUGAAACCCACUACUCACUACUACUACCAUCUAUGUUAGAGUUGGAGAGGAUUGGUCUGGCAAGCCUUUGGCCUUGGUACAGGUUACAUUCUCUUUACUCUAACAUUCCCUUAUACUCCUUUCUUUUAUGGACACUCAUUCUUACUUGAGACUCACACUCUUUGUUUCUUUAUCUUACUUUGAUUGAUACCUUUUAUCCUUACCUACACUCCUUAUACUUACCCUUCAUUAUUGCUUCUUAAAGCAAGUGACUGAGGACAGUCACUAUUUAAAGCUUGGGGAGGUGAAGAGUUCUGAUUUUGGUUACUAUCAGAUCUUCUUGAUUUUAUUUAAUUCUUUGGAUUACAUAAUCACUUUCUUUAUGUAGUUAGUUCUUUCCUAUUUGGAAUG